AUGGGAGGGGGGAAACUCAAGCCAUGUGAGAUACUGCCUUUCGAAAUUUUCCUGCUGGUUCACCACACAACAAAAGGAUGUGGUCUGUACCAUAUCGGCUUCCGGCAAGGAACCAGAGGCACCACUGGCCAUAAAUAUGAACACAGGGAUCAGAAGAAAGAAGCCUGAAUUUUCAGCUGUAAACACACCUUAAAUGCUGAGGUCAUCUUGAUUGCCUUGCUCCAGGGAGCUGCCACCGAGUUCACAGUCUCUUCGCUGAUUUCCUUCUUUCUGGUAAGCAAAUCUUUUCCUAGACUUUGGAGUUAGGCCUUGGUAUCGGAAAUUUUAGGGUCUGAGGCAGGAAAGAUAAAACGCUACAGUGUCCAGCCAACAGGAUGAACAGCCAGCAAUAAUCUUUCUAUAACAGAGGGAUAUGAAAAACGUUGAGAGGCUCCAACAAGGAGGCAGAAAAGCAGACAGCCUUUUCCCUCAUUAAUGCCUAUUUUAAAUUAAGAGUUCAACAAAAUAAAAUGGAUGGUUAAGUAAUUGCUGCUGUUUAAACUACAAAAUAAAUAUUCCAACUAUUUCAAAUCAACUUUAAGCACCAGGUUAAGUACUCUAGAGAGGUGUUUCAUCAUUCCAUGGGGUUUUUUUUUAGAAGGGGGUGAGAUGAAGUAACUUCUCAGCUCUCUUGAAUCUCUGAGCUAUGAAGAGGGAGUGGUAAAAGGUGGGAGGUAAAGGUAAAAAGAGGGGAUGCAGGAGGCACUGUGGUGUAAACCACCAGGACUCUUAGGCUUACCGAUCGGAUGACGGAGUGAGCUCCCUUUGCUCUGUCCCAGCUUCUGCCAGCCUAUCAGUUUGAAAGCAUGUCAGUGCAAGUAGACAAAUAGGUACUGCUGUGGUGAGAAGGUAAAUGGUGUUUCUGUGCGCUCUUGCACUUGUCACGGUAUCCUGUUGCACCCGAAGCUGUUUAGUCCUGCUGAACUUAACCGUCCAGGGGUCCUUUGCCUUUACCUUUUUACAUGGGAUAAUUUUCCUUUUAAAACUUCCUCCCAUGGCUGCCUUUUAAGCCAAACAGUGGAAAUGGGGGUAGAGAGAGGCUUCUCAGUGCUCAUAUGCCAUUUUCCUUGCUGCAAAUGCCUCCCAGCAGAGAGCAGCUCAGUAAAAAAAGAAAGCGGGAGGAUUUUAUGGGCUGCUGUGUGCAAAAAUCUAUAAAGAGAGAUGCAAACACACACAGACAAACCAAAUAUACACAAGAGUCAGGAAAUCUGAUCUUGCUUCAUAUUUUCUCACAAGUUCCUGAGUGGAACAGGAAGUAAAGCAUCACAUCUGCACACACAGUUCAUUGAGGUGCAGUGUUUAUUUCAUUUUUUAAAAAAUGAUAUUUAUUAAGUGUAGUGGGUAUGAGUUACUCGUGCGUAAACUGGUGCCUCUCUAGGCUAAUUUGCCUUGUUAAACCUUUCUGACUGCACAGCCCUUUCUCAUCGUGGCUGCCUCAGUCGCUGGCAGAAUCCGUCAGUGGGCGCUUCUUGAACCUCUUCCAACAUAGAAGUUGUUUGACACCCAGUCUCCUCCUCCUCUCACUGCGCGGGAGUCUUCUGCGCAGGGAGGGCGUGGGUAGCGGAGGACCUGUCCCCGCCUCACUGAGUUCCAGUGAAGAGUCCUGGAGCCCUCUCUCCGAUUCCACCAUCUGCCCCCCUUUAUCCCUGGUGUUGCGCUGAUUUGCUUCCCCCUCUACUGAGCUGUUUCUCCCCCUGCUGCUGGGUCCUUCGCCAGCAUCAUCUAGGAGCCUCCCCUUCGCCUCUCGCUCCGAUGUCAGUUCCCUGACAUUAAGGUUUUAAAAAAAAGAAUUACAUGAAUUAAAAAAGAAGGAAAAAAAAGACAAAAGAAAAAAUAAAAGAAAAAAUACAAAAUACAAAAAAAGAUAAAAAACACUUUAAAAAAUACAUCAGUCUUUCCAUACCUUACAUUCAUUUCCUUGUUUCCCUGACCUCCUCACGCCUCCCUUUUUUGUAUUCCAAUUCAGUUAGUUAAUUCAGCAAUUUCUUUCCCUCUUUGUUUUUAUCUUAGUUCUUUAACAUAAUAUAUUAUAACUUUGGAUUCUCACCUGUUAACAAUCCAUUUUUACAUACACCUUUAUAACAUUGCUGCUUAAACCACUUAACUUCAUUCUGACAUCCUUCUAACAUUCAUUAAUUUUGCAAUAUUUCUGUAAGUAGUCUUUAAAUUUCUUCCAAUCUUCUUCCACCGACUCUUCUCCCUGGUCUCGGAUUCUGCCAGUCAUUUCCGCCAAUUCCAUAUAGUCCAUCACCUUCAUCUGCCAUUCUUCCAGAGUGGGUAGAUCUUGUGUCUUCCAAUACUUUGCAAUAAGUAUUCUUGCUGCUGUUGUGGCAUACAUAAAAAAAGUUCUGUCCUUCUUUAGCACCAUUUGGCCGACCAUGCCCAGGAGAAAGGCCUCUGGUUUCUUCAGAAAGGUAUAUUUAAGUACCCUUUUCAUUUCAUUAUAAAUCAUCUCCCAGAAAGCCUUAAUCCUUGGGCACGUCCACCAAAGGUGAAAGAAUGUACCUUCAGUUUCUUUACAUUUCCAACAUUUAUUAUCGGGCAAGUGAUAGAUUUUUGCAAGCUUGACUGGUGUCAUGUACCACCUGUAUAUCAUUUUCAUAAUAUUCUCUCUUAAGGCAUUACAUGCCGUGAAUUUCAUACCUGUGGUCCAUAACUAUUCCCAGUCAGCCAUCAUUAUGUUAUGUCCAACAUCUUGUGCCCAUUUAAUCAUAGCAGAUUUCACCGUUUCAUCCUGUGUAUUCCAUUUCAACAGCAAGUUAUACAUCUUUGACAAAAUCUUAGUUUUGGGUUCUAGCAGUUCUGUUUCUAAUUUUGAUUUUUCCACCUGGAAGCCAAUUUUCUUGUCCAAAUUGUAUGCUUCCAUUAUCUGAUAAUAAUGAAGCCAGUCUCGCACUUUGUUUUUUAAUUUCUCAAAACUCUGCAGUUUCAAUCUGUCUCCCUCUUGUUCCAAAAUUUCCCAAUAUUUCGGCCAUUUGGCCUCCAUAUUGAGCUUUUUCAGAGCUUUCGCUUCCAUCGGUGACAGCCACCUUGGGGUUUUGUUUUCCAGUAGGUCCUUAUAUCUUAUCCAAACAUUAAACAAUGCUUUCCUGACAAUAUGGUUUUUAAAUGCUUUAGAGGUGCAGUGUUUAUUUCAAAGUUGAUACCCGCCCUGACUGAAGAUUUGGCCUCCAUCUAAUGCCCUCCAGCAAUUUUGUUGCUCAACACACUUUCUACGUUCCCUAGCAUGAAUAUAGCUGCCUCUCCAGGGUUGUAGGCUGGGACCCUCUGAUUCCUUCAGCUGGAUGAAAGCAUGUGGAGAACAUAGGAAGCUGCUUUAUACAGAGCCAGAUCGCUGUCCCAUGCAGCUCAAUAUUGCCUACACUGACUGGCAGCAGUUCAGGAUUUCUGGCUGGGUUCUCUCCCAGCCCUGCCUGGAGUUGCCUUUGGGGAUCAAACCUGAAGCCUUCUGCUUGCAAGGCAGAUGCUCUACCACUGCGAGUUAGAUAACCAACAAGCAGUGAGUAAGAAUGAUUCCUUGGAUUCCCUUUAUAUUGAUCUGGAAGUGGAAGUGGGAGAGAGACUUUCCCAACUGUUAUAAGAAAAAACUGCUCCUUUCCCCUUACAGGGUAUCCAAAAGCCUUAAGAGUCCUUAAGUGGGUUCCCUAUCAGUAGGAGAAAAUAACAGAGGCCAACCAGAGUAUAUUGUGAAGCAAAGCGGCUAGUAAGCCUGAUCUUUAUUGCAAAAGAAAAGUACUAUUGCAACAGGGUCCCCACUCACCACACACAGGAGAACCCAGAACAAUGGUGUGCAAGCCCUUAUGUAAACUCUUUAAAUUGCCCACCCUGUCGCCCAAGACAACCCCCCUAAAACAUCAUACAUACAUCACAGAAGGAGGUGGUCUACAGCAAAAAUCCUGUUUGCCAGGAUACCUCAUAAUGGUCACUGACUUCAUUACCAGAGCAGUCUGGCCAUUCUUUUGUGAUGGUUAAUAAUUUAGUUUUUUGUUUCCCCCCGCAAAAUGAUCCCUGAAUUUUUGAAUUUUAUUGAUAUUGACACUGCAUUUUAUGUUGUAUUUUAUGCUAUUUUUAAGUCGCAUUUUAAUCAAUAUUUUAUAUUUGCUGUUAGCUGCCCUGAGCCCAGUUUUUAAACCGGGAAGGUUUAAAAGGUUUAUUUAUUUAUAUUUAUAUUUAUUUUUUUAUUAUUAUUGUUAUUACUUUAAUACAGGCUUUGUAAGCAAAAAGAGAAUGGAAAGGCUUUCCCCAUUGUAAUGGUUCUAGGGGUUGCUUGUGUGUAAAUCAACGCCACCCUUGGCUGGUUGCCUGAAUGAACCCUUUCUGUCUGGACAGCCACGCGCCCGUGGCUGUCUCAAUCGCUGGCAGAAUCCGUUAGUGGCCGUUUCUUGAACUUCUUCCAGCAAAGAAGCUCUUUGACGCUUAGUCUCCGCCUAGCUUCCCUGCGCGGAAGCCUUCUGCGCAGGGAGGGUGUGGGCAUCAGAGGACCCGUGCUCUCCCCACUGGUUCCCGGCGAAGAGUCUUGGAGCCACCUCGCCGAUUCCCCCAUCUGCCCCCCUUCUCCACUGGUGUUACGCUGAUUUCCUUCCCCAGAAGAUGUGCUGCUUCUCUCCCUCCCGGGACGCUCUCCAGAAUCCCUCUGGAGCCCUCCCUCUCCCUCUGGCUCCGAUGGCAGUUCCCUGACAUCCACCUCCUCCCCAGGACCCCCUCCACCCCCGGCGCGAUUUUCCGAUACAACCUUGUCUCUUUCCUCGGCCGACGACGCGGGGAAUCCCCUGAAGGAGCUGUCACCAUCCUCUGAGGAUUCAAAACCAGCCUCCCACCCACUCCGAUCUCUCCCCGCAGAGUGGGCCUCCCAGUCUGAUUCUUCUCCCUCUGACACCCCACCUCCCUCCUCUUCGGAGGCAGGAAAACCCACAAAGUCCCCUUCGUCGUCUGUGGUUCCAAAUUCUUCUUCCCAGAAUCUCGCUAGUGGUUUUGGCUUAUCUGGGAACAAACUGUGGAAUUCUUCCACCAGAUACCCGUCAUUGAUUGACUCAGCAGGAACCCACGUGUUUUCUGACCUGGGUUCUCCCUCCCAAGCUACCAAGUACUCCACCUGCCGACCUCGCCACCUUGAAUCGAGGAUUUCCGUGGCUUGGUUGCGGUGUUCCCUCUCCUCUACCCUCGGGUGGGUGGUGAUUCCUCCCUCCCGCCCCGGAAACUCUCGCCCUUCCCUGUACGGUGUGAGUAGUGACCUAUGGAACACCGGAUGUAUCUUCAUGCUGUCUGGCAAUUUGAGUUUGAACGCCACUGGGUUCACCUGCUGUGCUACUGCAAAAGGCCCCAGCCACCUCAGCUGCAACUUCUUGCACCCUCCCUUCAGGGGUAACCCUUGGGUUGACAACCACACCCGGUCUCCUACCCGUAUGGCCUCCCCCUCCCUACGGUGCUUGUCCGCCUGCCUUUUGUAAACUUCCUUGGCCUGCUCCAAGUUCAUCUUGAGUUGUUGGUGCAAGGCCUCCAUUUCUUCUACAAACUGCUCGGCCACGGGUACACUCCAUGCUUCCUCCCCCCUUCCCGGGAAGGCCCUGGGGUGACACCCAUAAUUGGCCAUGAACGGGCUCAUUCCCGUGGACACGUGUUCUGCGUUAUUGUACGCAAAUUCAGCCAAAGCUAAUUUCUCUACCCAAUCGUUCUGUCUCUCGCUGACGUAGCAGCGUAGGUAUUGUUGGAGUAUACUGUUCGCUCUCUCUGCUUGCCCGUUGGUUUCGGGGUGUCUGGCCGUCGAGAAGCUCACCUUGACCUGUAGCAAGCUCAUGAGCUUCCUCCAGAACCUGGAAGUAAGUUGUUUCCCACGGUCCGAGAUUACCCUCGAAGGAGCCACGUGCAGUCUGAAAAUGUGAUCCACAAACAACCGGGCUGUCUCCUCUGCUGUCACCACGUGCGAGCAAGCUAUGAAAUGGCACAUUUUUGUCAGUAGAUCGACUACUACCAUGACUGCUGUCUUCCCCCUUGACUUGGGCAAAUCUGUCAUAAAAUCAAUGGACACCACCUCCCAGGGCCUUCCCGGCGUAGGUAAGGGUUCCAGUAACCCUGCGGGGGCAGCCCUCUCUCCCUUUGCCCUCUGGCAUCGGUCGUACCCCCGUACAUAUUCCCGUACGUCUUCCCUCACCUUUGGCCACCAGAACUGCCUGGUGAUGAGCAGCAUGGUCUUGUGCUGUCCAAAGUGCCCAGCUGUUGGGUUGUCAUGGAGCUGUUUAAGUACCUUCCCCCUCAAGGUCUCCCCCGGUACAUACAGUGCCCCCUUAUAGUACAGUACCCCUUCCUUUUCCUCAAACCCUCCAUGGUCUUCCCUUCCGUCCCGGAGUUCCCUGAUUUUUGCUUGAGUGAACUGGUAAGCCCUGCCAGUUCUCGUUUCCCAACCAACGUUCCCCCACACACCCAUCGGUCCUCGGGAAACACAUGUCGGGUUUCCGGUGGUCCCUCUCCCUCCAGGUAUUCCGGUUUCCGGGAGAGAGCAUCUGCUCUUACGUUUUCCACUCCCAGAACGUAUCUGAUCUUGAAGGAAAACUUGGCGAACUCCUGGGCCCAUCGAACCUGUCUCUGGUUGAGCACUCGCGCGGUCCGCCAGUAUUCCAAGUUCUUGUGGUCAGUACAAACCUGGAUCUUGUGCCUUGCCCCUAUCAACAGAUGUCUCCAUUGUCGAAACGCCACGUAGAUCGCAAGCAGUUCGCGGUCAUACACUGUGUAGUUUUGCUCUGACUUGCUCAGCUUCCUUGAGAAAAAGGCACACGGCCUCCAGUCCUGCUUAGCCCCGGGCUGCAAAAGGACCGCUCCCACAGCUCGGUCGGACGCGUCCGUCUCCAGUCUCAUGGGCUUCUCCAGAUCAACGUGCAGGAGCUGCUCUUCCGAAGCGAACGCCUUCUUCAGCCUUUCAAAGGAUUGCUGGGCACUUUCUGUCCACGCGAACUUCUUUUUGCUACUGAGACAAUCUGUUAUGGGCGCUGUCAAGUGAGCGAAGUUCUUUAUGAACUUCCUGUAGAAGUUGCUGAAGCCUAAGAACCUUUGCACAUCUUUCCAGGUUUUGGGGGCUUUCCAUUCCAGCACUGCCUUCACCUUGCCUGGGUCCAUAGCUAGGCCCUUGUCUGACAACUUGUACCCCAGAAACUCGACCUCCCUGGCGUGAAAUUGGCAUUUUUCCAGCUUGACCCACAACUGAUGCUUCUGCAGUCUCUGUAGCACUUCCCUGAUGUCUCUGACGUGUUGCUUCUCAUUGUCCGAGUAGAUUAAGACGUCAUCCAAAAAGGCUACGCAAUUCUUGUACAGCAGGGGCCCCAACACGUGGUGCAUGAAUCCUUGAAAACAGGCGGAGCCCGAUUGUAAUCCAAAUGGCAUGACUAAGCACUCAAAGGCCCCCAGGGGGUGAACAUGGUCGUUUUCCAUUCGUCCCCCUCCCUUACCCUAAUUAAAUUGUAUGCCCCCCUGAGGUCCAGCUUGGUAAAAAUCUUCCCCUGCCUCACCCGGGUUAAAAUGUCAUCAAUCCUUGGCAUUGGGAAGGUCACGGGUUCAGACACCAGGUUCAAGGCCCUAUAAUCUACGACCAACCUGGGCUGAUUGGUCCCCUUUUUGUCUACAAAGAACACCGGACUGCCCCCCACCACCUUUGAUUCCCUUAUGAACCCCCUCUUCAGGUUCUUAUCAAUAAACUGCCGCAACUCCUGCAUCUCCCGGUCUGACAUGGUGUACAGCUUACCCACCGGCAACUGAGCCCCUGGGAGUAGGUUGAUUUGGCAGUCAAAGGGCCUGUGGGGGGGUAGUCUAUCUGCCUCCAUCUCGCUGAAGACCUCCUUCAGAUCAGCAUAUUGCGGUGGCACCUGCCCUUGUUGUUCCACGGCCAGCCCAGCAACCCUGGCUACUGUCAUUCUUGAGUUCUCCCCUCCCAGACAGUGUCCUAAGCAGUAAGCUGACCCAAAGGUGACUGACCGCUGAUGCCAUGACACUACUGGAUCAUGCAGAGCCAGCCAGCUCAUUCCCAGUAUUAUUGGGGGUCCUGCCAGUGUGGCCACGUGAAAGGCAAUGGUCUCUGUGUGCCUGGAAACCCUCAUUCGCAUUGGCGGGGUCUGGUGUGUCACUUCCCCUCCCAGAAGUUCCCUGCCAUCGAUGGUUGUCACCUGCAAGGGAAAAUCCAGAGGCAACAGGUGGAGUUGGUGCUCCAGAGCAAAGUCUCUGCUGAAGAAAUUACACGAGCUGCCCGAAUCCAGCAGUCCCUUAACCUUGACAGGGUGCCCAUUCGGGAGUUCUAGCACCACUUCGAUGGCUAUAGCUGCCUUGGGGGGGUCAGGCUGGGGCACUUCUAUUGGUUGCUGGCCUGGCUGCUGCCCCUGCUGGUUGGCAGCCAGGCAUUGUCGUUUCCCUGCACCUGCUCUUCCUCCCCCUUCUCGUUGUGGCCUGCAGCCCCCACCAUCCCUUGCCAGGCUUUCCUUUGAGGGCAGACCUUAGCAAAAUGUCCUGGUCGUUCACAGAGGAAACACUUCUUGGUAGUUUUCCAGUCCUUUCCCUCCCUUUUACGACCUUCACGGGAGUUUGAAACCUCGCGCGCCAUCAAUUUCCAUUGGCUCUGCCGCCUGGGGAGGCUCCCUCGGUAUCUCAGGAAUGCGGUAGUCAUGGAAACGUUCCCCUCUCAUUUCCCGCUUCUCCUGAGCCUGCGCUUCUUGGCGUACGCCUAUCGCAAGCACCGCCUUUGUGAGCACAUCCAUCGACCGUGGGCGGGGCGCUCGGGACAACUCGUCUUUCACUUCGGGGGAAAGACCCGCCUCAAACAACAUUUGUAUCAGUUCAGAGUCCAGAUCCCACCCGAGCCGGUGUACUAACAUUGCAAAACGCAACCAGUAGCUUCUGACGGACUGGCUCCCCUGCUUGCAACCCAUCAGUUCCCGCCGUGUCACGCUUUGCCCCACAUCACUGGAGAACAUCGCGUCCAUUCCCUGAAGGAAUUUAUUAAGGUCCUUCAAGGCAUCAUUUUGCGUCGCCAUUAGGGGCCUGAUCCAUUCUCUUGCCUCAUCCUGCAGAUGCCCCACAAUGUAAGCCACCCUCUCCCCGUCAUCAGCAAAGUCAUUUUUCUGCAGCUCCAAAGCGUACUGCACUUCCAUUCGGAAAGCAUUGUAGUCUUGGGGCUUCCCCCCAAAUUUGUGUACCAGCCCCGGUACCUUCCUUGCGAUGGGGGUGGCUCUGACCUGUGCAUCCUGAGCCCGUCUUUCCUCCAGCCGCGCUGUCAGGAUAGCUACGUGCGUCUCCAAGUCUCAGUUCCUCUCGACCAGACUCCGCACCGCAGCUGGCUACUCCAUCUCUUCGGCUGUUCCUGUUUGGCUCAUCUUGCUGCCUCUCCGGGGCUACGCACAAGCAACGUCAGGGACUAACGGAUUGCUGUAAUGGUUCUAGGGGUUGCUUGUGUGUAAAUCAACGCCACCCUUGGCUGGUUGCCUGAAUGAACCCUUUCUGUCUGGACAGCCACGCGCCCGUGGCUGUCUCAAUCGCUGGCAGAAUCCGUUAGUGGGCGUUUCUUGAACUUCUUCCAGCAAAGAAGCUCUUUGACGCUUAGUCUCCGCCUAGCUUCCCUGCGUGGAAGCCUUCUGCGCAGGGAGGGUGUGGGCAUCGGAGGACCCGUGCUCUCCCCACUGGUUCCCGGCAAAGAGUCUUGGAGCCACCUCGCCGAUUCCCCCAUCUGCCCCCCUUCUCCACUGGUGUUACGCUGAUUUCCUUCCCCAGAAGAUGUGCUGUUUCUCUCCCUCCCGGGACGCUCUCCGGAAUCCCUCUGGAGCCCUCCCUCUCCCUCUGGCUCCGAUGGCAGUUCUCUGACACCCAUUUUCCUUCCUUACUGCAGAGGAAUAUUUGAGGUCACUGCGAGAGUCAAAAUGGCUACAGGAUUGCUCUCCUGUACUAUUUUAGACACGUGGUUUAUAUAGUUAUGUAUGUGUUUGCCUUAUACAUGUACAAACAUUUAUUUUAUAUUUGAGACCUUAGAAUUCUUAUAACACACCUCUAAUUUUACUUUCAUUACUUCCCUAGGUGAAACCAACAUAAGAUCUGAACUUUGGAUAUCCUUAAUUCUUCUUUUUUCAAGCCCAGGAAACAUGAAACUUCAGAAACUUAUCUUAUCUGUCCUUGCACUCACCUUUAGCACCAUCUCCUUUUUUAUCGGGUGAGUCUCUUUCGCUGAAUAUCCUGUUCACAGCAGCCACCAACUUGGAUGGCUUUGAAGAGGAUUAGACAAAGUCAUGGAGGAGAAAGCUCUCAGUGGCUACUAGCCAUGAUGCCUAUGCUUUACCUCCAUGCUUCUGAGUACCAGUGUGCUGGAAGCCACAGAAUAAAUGCUGCCAGCCAAUGUAUACAACACUGAGCUAGCUGGAACAAUGGUCGUCUAUGAGGCCGAUUACCAUGCUUUGAGGAAAAUCGCCUCCUAUGCUAAAUCCUUAUUGCGUCUUGUAAACACAGAACGCAAAAAUAAUUCUGAAUUAAAUUCAGUAUUUUUCACUUGUAAUACUAAUCAGUACCUAAUCCAUUCCCACCAUGUAAAUAUGAGGAUUGGAGAAAAGUACAGCCUGCCACCGCCACCAUGCCAAGUCCAACAAGACCAUUUUAUUGUUCAUUUCCUUGCAGAUGCCCCCAUCCUGAUAACAUUUCUCAAGUCCUGCACAACCUUUAUGCCUCUUUUAACUGCUUUUUUUUUGUCCCCAGGGUUUUGAUUGGGAAAGGACCGACCCACUACCUUCCAUAUUAUCUUCCAUGCCCAGAUCUCUUGUAAGUACCAUAGUGAGAUUUGGGGGCUAAACUGCAGAGCCUCAAUACUCCAUCCAAUGCUAUGUGAUUAGCCAUGGUCCCUGCAUUCUAGGGCAGAAGUUUUCAACCGUUUUGAGUCCACGGCUUCCUUGACCAACUGCAUUCUUUCUGUGACACCCCUGUGGGGCUCAGGAGCCCAGUUAUGUCACCCCCUGCCUGCAGAGCUGGCAGCCCCUCGCCCCUUUUCGAACACUCUCCCUUGUGGAGUGUUCCUUCAGCCUCCUCUCCUCUCCCCUCUCCUUGGGAGUCCUCCAGGCAGCCGUCUCUGCAGCCUCUGGUCUCUGAGCUUCCUCUGAAAAGAGGUGCCUUCUCACGCUGCACCAAAGUGGCCUGGGACUUGUCUGCCUAUUCCCAACAGCAAGGGCUGGUGGCCGGCUGGCUGCGGUCCCUUGCCCAUUUGCUUGCUUACUCUGAGGCCACUUCAGCUCCUGGCAACCAGCACCCCCUGGCCAGCCCCGGAGGCACCAUUCACUUAGGGAGCUUGUAGCCAGGGCAGCUGCAACAAACAGCUGUGCAGGGCAGAGAUGAGAGGGCAUUGAGGGAGGGAGGGAAGGAAAGAGGGACAGAGGCCAGUGUUGCCUGUGGCACCCCUGACUAUCAUUCAAGGCACCCCAGGGUGCCACAGCACACUGGUUGAAAACCACUGCUCUAGGCAAUUAGACUAGAUUAACUUUGGAGUACCUUGUAGCUCUUCAGUUCUAUGUUUUUUGGUUGCAAGAGUGAGGUGUCAAACAAAUUGAGCCUGUAGGAGCUUUGAAAAUAGGAGGAAAUACCACUGUCACAGGCACUGCAUAAUACAUGUUCUGCGCUUAUAAGAAAUCAGUAUGUUAGUGUGGCAACACCUCUACUUUGCAACUCCCAGCCUAUUUAUGUCAGGUAGGCAUCUUCACUAUACUCUUUACUGAAAAGAUUUUUGUUCAGACAAAUUUAUCCUCACAGAACAUGUAGGCUUGUGUUUUAAGUAUGUUUUUAGCCAAACUGUUUUCAUAACACUUUGCAUCUUUAAAAAAAAAAAAUCCUGUUUUUAACUUUCCUUUUCUUGACAAUUUUAAUGUUUGUUUGCUUUUUGCAAAUUGCAUAGAGGUUUCAUUUCCAAUUAAGUAAUAUACACCUUUAAAAAAAAAACACAUGCACACAAACAAAUGAAUAAAUAAAAGUUGAAUUUCCCUUUCUCUCUCUUUUUUUGGACAGUGCUUUGAAACUACAGUACAGAGAGGAGAAUUCGCACCAGCUUUUCCCACAGUUAGUUCUCUUCCACUUGCUUCUUCCCUAAAAUUGCUGCUUCUUUCUUCUGGAGAUUUGUUCUAAUAUAUAUUUAUUAUCUUUUUCAGAUUCUUUUAUCCACAGCCAAAGUCUGUGCAACAGACGUAAGUGCCAGAAAGGACUGGCCCGAUUCAUAUAUUCUAUUUAUUAAAACUUUUAACAAAUUUACUUUGUUGUUUUUUUUAAAAAUGCAACAAAGCAGUAGACAUUGUACAAAAGUUUCAACGGUGAUAAAAAUUGAAAUAAGACAAAAAUUUAAAUGUAAAUAAGAAUGUAAGAAAAGCCCUGUUGGAUCAGGCCAAUGGCCCAUCUAAGUCCAGCAUCCUGUUCUCAUAGUGGCCAACCACAGGAUCUGAGCACACAAGCAAUCUCACCUCCUGCAGUUUCCAAGAACUCGUAUUCAGAAGCCUUUCUUCCUCUGACCAUGGAGGCAGAGCAGAGAUAUUGUUGUGGCUAAUAGCCAUUGAUUGCCUUGCCCUUGAUGCAUUUGUCCAAUCCAAGUUAGUGCCUCCUGUGGAAGUGAGUUCCACAGUUUAACUUGGUGCUGUGUAGUUAAAUAAAUUCAUCAAUACUGGUUAAUUAAAAUAAAUUUCUGGCUUCAGAGGCCUGUCUAAUUAAUACCAUUUGAGGUGACCUCUUAUAGAAGUCCAGGAUGACUUUUCCUGAACUCGCAAGCAUGUUCACACUUCUCCGAAUUUUUGCAGUGCUGUUCUCCAGCUGAGUAAUAUGUAAAGAAAAAAUGUUUGUACUAGGACAAAGUUUGCAUUUGAAAAUGUGUAUUUUAGUGAAUAGAACAUACAGAAAUUCAUUAUAUUAGGGAAAGUGACUUUGCAAAACUGUGUAUGUAUAUUAGCCAUAAUUGCAUAUGAAAAAUGUGUGUGUAUCAGGGAAACUUGCAGAAAAAUGAAGUUUCCGGAGUACUGUACUUUAAAAAACAACAACAGAUGGAAACACGGAGAACUGAACUUAUAUUCGGGAAAAAUAAGAAACUGAAAUUGACAGAUCUGAUCACCAGUAGCAUCCUAUUUGCUCAAUCAACACUUUUGACAUUGCAUUGCUUUAUUUUCCUGGUUUCCUCAGGCGCUCUGAUGUGCUCACCGUGACUCCGUGGCUGGCCCCCAUUGUCUGGGAGGGGACAUUCAACCCUGAAAUCUUGGACAGCAUCUACAAGCCUUUGAACCUUACCAUUGGAAUGACUGCCUUCGCCGUUGGAAAGUAAGCAGAAAGGGCAGGAGGGGUUGGGAAGGUCUGCACAUUUGCCGAAAUCUAAAACAUGAUGUGGGCUGUAGCAACUCUGGUUAUAAAAGGCCUUUGUUAUGAGUGCCUGGCACAGACCCCUGGGCUUAAGGACAUAGGAUGAGCCCUCUUGGAUCAAGCCUAAAAGGUAACUCUCCUGCAGUUUCCACCAAGUGAUAUUCAGAAACAUUUACUGCCUCCAACAGUGGAGGGAGAGAACAGCCAUCAGGAUUAAUAGAAACAAAAUUUAAAAAAAUUCCUUCCUGUAGCACCUUAGAGACCAACUAAGUUUGUACAAACUUAGUUGGUCUCUAAGGUGCUACUGGAAGGAUUUUUUUUUAUUUUGUUUCGACUACGGCAGACCAACAUGGCUACCUACCUGUAACCAGGAUUAAUAGCUUUGUGGAGCUGCUGCAUUUCAGGAUGGGUAGCCCUAGGCCACAUUGACCCCUGGUCUGAUUCUAGCCUACUUUGCUCCUGCCUUAUGGGGCCUUAGGAGCCUCGGAAGCAGCCUUAUACCAAAUUAGACCAUUGAUCCAUCUCACCCAAUACUGCAUACACUGACCAGCAGCAGUGCAGCUUGAAAAUCUGCUUUUUAAAAACUCUGCCCUGAGCAAUUGCUCUUAAUAUUGUAUAUCUUUAAUGUUUGCUCAGAUACAUACGAUUUGUGAGCCAUUUUUUGGAGUCAGCUGAACAGUACUUCAUGGUGGGAUACCAUGUGAACUACUACAUCUUCACAGACAACCCCAAAGACAUCUCCGUUGUCCGCCUGCAGCCUGGGAGAACCCUCCACCUCAUCCCUAUAAAGAAAUAUGCCCACUGGCAAGAAAUCUCCAUGCGCAGGAUGGAGGCCAUAAACCGGUACAUCUCAGAUACAGCCCACCGAGACGUGGACUAUCUCUUCUGCCUGGACAUUGACAUGUUGUUUCAUAACCCGUGGGGCCCAGAGACCUUGGGGGAGAUGGUGGCCGUGAUCCACCCAGGCUACUACAAGGUCUCUCGGACAGCAUUCCCAUAUGAGAGGAGACCUGCUUCCAUGGCCUACAUCUCUAAGGAAGAAGGAGACUUCUACUAUUGCGGGGCGGCCUUUGGAGGCCUGGUCAAGAAUGUCUACGAGUUCACCAGGGCUUGCCACAUGACCAUAUUGGCAGACAAGGCCAACGGCAUCAUGGCAGCUUGGCAAGAGGAGAGUCAUCUGAACAGGCACUUCCUUUCCCAGAAGCCUUCAAAGCUCCUCUCUCCGGAGUACCUUUGGGACGACACAAAGUCAAAACCACCUGAGCUGAGACUCAUACGGGUCUCAACAUUGAGCAAGAAUUAUAGGGAGGUCAGGGACUGA